AUGUCCGGGGUAACAAGUGCGUUGGCCGUUGCUGGUCAAAGACAAUCUGGAGCUCCAGUUCGUUCUCAAAAUGUUAUGGCCGUUUGUGCUAUCGCUAACAUUGUUAAAAGCUCCCUUGGUCCAGUUGGUCUCGACAAAAUGCUCGUUGAUGACAUUGGAGAUGUGACUGUAACCAACGAUGGAGCGACAAUUCUCCGUCUUUUGGAAGUAGAGCACCCAGCUUCGCGUAUCCUUGUCGAAUUAGCGCAGUUGCAAGACACUGAAGUAGGCGACGGUACCACCUCAGUGGUGAUAAUCGCCGCAGAAUUACUGAAGAACGCGGACGAGCUUGUAAAGCAAAAGAUCCACCCGACUACAGUGAUCAGCGGGUACAGAUUAGCAUGCAAAGAAGCUUGCAAGUACAUCCAGGAGCACUUGACAGUAAGCGUUGAGGAGCUGGGCAGAGAUUGUCUUGUGAACGUCGCAAAGACUUCCAUGUCGAGUAAGAUCAUCGGAGCCGAUGCAAACUUCUUCGGCAACAUGGUAGUUGACGCAGCGAACGCUGUGAAGAUUAACGACGGCAAGGGAGGACACAUGUACCCGAUCAAGGCAGUGAAUGUCCUUAAAGCUCACGGAAAGAGCGCCCGGGAGUCAAUCCUGGUCCAAGGAUACGCUCUUAACUGCACAGUAGCUUCCCAAGCCAUGCCUAAAAAAAUCGUCAACGCCAAGAUCGCUUGCUUGGACUUCUCCCUCCAGAAAGCUAAGAUGAAGUUGGGUGUUGAGGUUCUGAUCACUGAUCCAGAGAAGCUCGAGUCUGUGAGACAGCGUGAGAUGGACAUCACCAAGGAGCGCAUCCAGAAGAUCCUCAAUGCUGGAGCCAACGUCAUCUUGCUAUCUGGAGGUAUUGAUGACUUGUGUCUGAAGUACUUCGUUGAAGCUGGAGCUAUGGCUGUUAGGAGGUGCAAGAAGACUGACCUAAAGCGUGUCGCUAAAGCUACUGGUGCUCACUUCUUGACUUCAUUGACCAACAUGGAGGGAGAUGAAACUUUCGAGGCGAGUUUUCUUGGAGAAGCUGCUGAGGUUGUUCAAGAUGUCAUCUGCGAUGAUGAACUUCUUCUUAUUAAAGGACCUAAAGCCAGAACCGCAGCGUCAAUUAUUCUUCGUGGGCCUAAUGACUUUUACUGCGAUGAAAUGGAGCGUUCUAUUCAUGACGCUUUGUGUGUUGUCAAGCGAGUUCUGGAGAGCAAGACUGUUGUUGCUGCCAUUGCUGAAUUCGCUCGGUCAUUAUUGGUGAUUCCAAAAACACUUGCCGUUAAUGCUGCACAAGAUUCGACAGAUCUUGUUGCUAAAUUGAGAGCUUACCACAACUCCAGCCAGACGACUGUUGACCAUGCUAAUCUUAAAUGGGUGGGUCUUGAUUUAAUUGAGGGAACCGUAAAAGACAAUAAAAAAGCCGGAGUACUCGAACCCGCUAUUUCAAAAAUAAAAUCCUUGAAAUUCGCCACUGAAGCUGCUAUCACAAUCCUCCGAAUCGACGACAUGAUCAAAUUGGACCCAGAGCAGAAGCAAGGAAAGUCAUACGGUGACGCUAUGGCUGCUGGAGAGUUGGAGGGUUAA